AUGAAGUUUACAUCUUUAGUGCUAGCUUCCAGUGUAGCUGGAAUUAUAAUUGAUACCUAUGGCGAUGAACCCACAUUCAUGGACUCUAUCUAUGGACAACUUGUGGAUAGUGAAGAAAGUAGAAGUUUCAAAAGUCAAUUGAUAAAUCUGGGGAAACCAUAUUCUCAAGAGAUUGAAAUAGAUUAUGACAAUUUUGCCAAUAUCCAAGGACGUUUACAGAAAAUGUCCCAAACCCAACAAAUGAUUAAAUCUCAUCAAGGAUAUAUGAAAUAUCAAACGGAAUUGAAACUUCCCGAUGAUGAUGAAACAAGUGAUAUUUCUCAUGGUCAUAAUAUGUUUGGUGGAAUAGUAUCAUUUGGACAUUUUGACCAUUUUAAUUGUUUUGAUCCCCAAUUAUAUGGUAAGAAAGUUGAUAUUGCUAUUGUGGGUGCUCCUUUUGAUACUGGGGUGUCAUAUCGUCCUGGAGCUAGAUUUGGUCCUGAAGCUAUUAGAUCUGGUAGUAGAAGACUUGGAGGGGCUACUUUAGUCAGAAAUAAUGGUCACAGUAACAGUAACUUGACUCAUAUCAAUCCUUAUGAUAAAUCCAAUCAUAAUCUCACCAUUAUUGAUUGUGGAGAUGUUCCAUUGACUCCAUUCGAUAACAGAAUAGCUUUAAAUCAAUUAUAUCGUGGUCAAAGAGCUAUUCACAAUCACACGACCAGUUCUAAAGCUCAUGUUCAAAGUCCUAGAAUCAUUACUAUGGGUGGUGACCAUACUAUUACAUUGAUGACAUUGAAAUCAGCAUACGAACAAUUUGGACCUUUGAAUGUUAUCCAUUUUGAUAGUCAUAUCGAUACCUGGGAUCCUAAAGUCUUAGGUGGAGGUAUCUCUAAUUACAUGAAAUUGAACCAUGGUACUUUCUUACAUUAUGCGGCUGAACAAGGAUAUUUGAAUUCCACCGGAUGUUACCAUGUAGGUUUAAGAGCUCCAUUCAUUGACGACGAAUACGAUGAACAACAUGAUCAUGAUUGUGGCUUUAAAACUAUCAAUGCUAGAGACAUUGAUCACUUAACCAUUCGCGGAGUGGUGGAUAAACUCUUAAAAUCUUUAGGCACUGAAUCUCCUGUUUAUAUUAGUGUUGAUAUUGAUGUUUUAGAUCCAGCAUUUGCUCCAGCCACUGGUACUAUGGAAGUUGGAGGGUGGUCAACCAGAGAAUUAUUAAGUGUUUUAGAUGGUUUAGAAGGUAUUAACCUUGUUGGAGCUGACGUUGUAGAAGUAAGCCCUCCAUUCGAUAGUAACAGUGAAAUCACAUCAUUAGCAGCCACUGCGGUAAUCGAUUCCUUUUUAGGUCUUAUGAUAGUUAAAGAAAUAUAUUAA